AUGAACUUCUCAACGAACCGCUUUCGGCGGCGGCGAGUGAAAGUGAGGUUAGCUGAAGCUGGCGGCAACGACUUCAAGAUGACAGUUGAAUGGUCAGCUCACGAUGUACCGUCUGAAGAUCAAUCUCGCUUCGAGCACAGAUCACCGAAUGCACGAUCGCCGUCAUGCGAACACUUCGAAGGUGACCAAGACAAAACAGCAGCGUGCCGUGUCGUCUAUGUCUUGAAGACGUCGGCAAAUGGCCGGGCAUCGGAAAGGCGGGUUUGUCAGCCGCUCAAAGACCGAGUACAAACUGAAGUCUCUGACGAAUGCGUUGGUGCCAAAACGGUUAAUGAAUAA